UCUGUGAUUCUUUGAUAGGGCUCCUGAAGCAGCCUUUGGCAACUAUGGGAGUAGAAUGGGCUUAAGGAGCUUGGUGGCUGAGUGAAUACCCCACAGAUGUGCAUCCUCUCAUACAAUCCUCAUCUCUGUGCAGGGAAAUCUUAUGCUUUCAAACUGUUUUUUCCCCUUCUUCCAUUGUCUUCCUAGGCUACGCAGGAAACAGGAGCAAAGCUAUUUCCUCGCUUCUUUUGUUCAGCCGAUCCCAUAGCUCUUCCUCCCCAGCACAGAACAUCCUGCAGUGCAGACAGCCUGCAUAAACCCAAUACAUCCCAGGGUUCACUGGCUCUGCAUGCUUAACCUGUUGCACUUUUCGGUCAAUCAUUCUCCACUUCAUGCCCCAGUGAAGGCACCUCUGCAGAGGUCAGCUUUGGGUUUAUAAGCCAGAUGCUGAGCCACUACAGUGGUGCUGGGAGGAGGAACUGAUCUGGGGAGGCUGGGAAGCACUCCCACCCCUGUCUCGCUCCUCAUUCUCAACCCACCCUCAGAGACCAGAGAGUCACACAAAGUGAUGAGACAGCUCUUGCCAAAGACAGAGCUGGCUCCUGCUGCUGCCCUUGCCCUUCUCUGUGGUUCAGCAGCAGCUGUGGUGGUCUGGAAAUGGCUGGGCAAAAGGCACAUCCAGAAGAAGAUGGAAGCAGCUCGGAGGACCCGGGAUGAGGGUGUGAAGAAAAUGGCAAAGGCUGUCCAACAGUUCAGGGAGCAGGUUUCCAGUGACAAGACAGAUGCCAUCCUGUCCCUGCCCCUGCUGGAACUCGCUGCGAGGCUGCAGGAAGGGUCCCUGUCCCCCAGGACUGUCCUUUACACUUACAUAGAGAAGGCCCUGGAAGUGACCCAGCAGACAAACUGUGUGCAGUAUUUCAUCCCAGAGUGUGAAGAGCAGCUCCAGGAAAUACAACAGCAGAGGGAGAAAGGGCUUCUCUACGGCAUCCCUGUCAGCAUCAAGGAUCACAUCGGCCACAAGGGGCAUCUAUCAACCUGUGGGCUCGUGAAGUUCCUUGGCACUCCAGAGCAGGAGGACAGUGUCCUAGUCAAGGUCCUGAAGAGACAAGGGGCCAUCCCAUUCGCUAAGACCAAUGUGCCACAAUCCCUCUUCAACUAUGACUGCAGCAAUCUCAUUUUUGGCCAGACAGUGAACCCCCUCAACCACCAGAAGACCCCCGGGGGCUCCUCAGGUGGAGAGGGAGCUCUGAUUGCAGGGGGAGGCUCCCUCCUGGGCAUCGGCUCGGAUGUCGGUGGUAGCAUCCGUCUUCCGUGCAGCUUCUGUGGGCUGUGUGGGCUCAAACCCACAGCCAAAAGGCUCAGUCUGUCUGGAAUUAGUGGCCCAGUCGAUGGGAUUGUGUCGGUUCCUUGUGUGCUGGGGCCGAUGGCAAGGGAUGUGGACAGCCUGGCCCUCUGCAUGAAGGCACUGCUCUGCAAGGAGAUGUUCCAGCUGGAUCCCACCGUGCCCCCCAUCCCCUUCAAUGAGGAGGUGUAUUCAAGCUCUGCUCCCCUGCGGAUCGGAUACUACGAUACGGAUGGUUACUUCCCAUUGCCUCCUUGCAUGCAGAGGGCAGUGCAUGAAACCAGGGAGGCUCUUCAGGCAGCUGGGCACGAGCUGGUGCUCUUUUCUCCACUUCACAUCCACCAUGUCAUGACUGAGCUGUUUUUGAAGACAUUUUUUGCUGAUGGAGGGCGUGCUUGGUUGGAUGUGUUUACAGGAAAUAUUGUAGAUCCAAGCUUAAAACCCCAGGUGAAUUUCUGCAGGAUCCCAAGGCUGGGGAAGAAGCUGCUGGCUCUGAUUCUUAAACCUCUGUUUCCUCGCAUGGCUGACUAUCUGCAUGCCUUGAGUGGCAUGAGGUCAGUGAAGGAGAUGUGGGAUCAUCAGCAUCAAAUAGAGGUGUACCGCUCUGAGUUCAUCGCCCAAUGGAGGGAACUCCAGCUGGAUGUCAUGCUGUGCCCUGUGCUGGGGCCUGCCUUCACCACGGGGUUCCCUGGGAAACUCCUCUCUGCCAUCUCCUCCACGAUGCUGUACAACGUCCUCAACUUCCCCGCCGGGGUCGUACCUGUCAGCGUGGUGACGGAGGCUGAUGAGGAAGAGCUGAAGCUUUACCAAGGAUGCUGCGACGACCACUGGGACCGGACACUGAAGCAGGCCGUGGCAGGCGCCGUGGGGCUGCCCGUGGCCGUGCAGUGUGUGGCUUUGCCGUGGCAGGAGGAGCUGUGCCUCCGGUUCAUGAAGGAGGUGGAGACCCUCAGCCGAGCGAAGAGAGCAGCAUAGCCCCUCCAGUCCCACCUCAGUAGGGCGGGAAGGGGACAGCUCUGCGUCACUUCUCCCUUUUGCAGUCUGAAGGGUACAGAUUACAGCAAGGAGGGAAGGAAGAAGGAAAAGCUGUUUCCUGCCCCUCUUCUUGCUGACAAGCACAGAUCCUGUAAAGGACACAGCCAUUUCCUCAGUAGCCAUUGCAAGGGCUGUAAGUCUGCCUUCCAAUCCACUGUCUUGGCUGAGAUGCUGCUGGACUCACUUUUAAAUAGCCCAGCAGCUGAGACAGAGAUAAUAACAACAGCAUAAACCUGCAGCACUUCAUCAUACAGACUUCACAGCACCAAACUCCUCUGUUAAAAGGAAUCUAUCUUGCCUGCAUCAGUCUUCCUUUGAAGAAAAAUGAUAAUACCUGAAGACUCCACCUGGACACUGCAGCUUCACAGCUCACCUGUCACCUGUCCCCCACUCCUCUGCUUCUCAUUCCCCUUUUCCUCCCUCCUUGCACCAGUACACUGACAUGGCUGAAAACAACCAGUCGCUUUUGCUGCAUUAACAACUAUGCAGUAUUCCCUACAAGCACGCUGCACAGCCACACCAACACUCAUCAUGUCAGAGACGUGAUGCAGAGGGCAGGGACUGGCUUAUGCUGAGCUCAAAUGAUCAGCAAUCCAUGAACUGCACCCUCCUGAAAGGAUGGGUAUGGAUGGGCAGUCACUUCCAUUUCCAUCUACGCAGCCUUUUGCAAGAAGCAGGGCAAUGCUGAGGAAGAAGGAUUCCAAAACUCAGUGUUUUCUUGCUGGCAGAGGAUGCAACUAUGGGGCUAACAGCCCUGCAUGGAAUACAUCUGUCUAUCUACUACUCCACCACUACUUUACCCACAAAAAUAAAAAUGUUAUUACAAACUCAAGUAACCCUCCACUGAUGGAUACAAUCAUAUGAGUGCAGCUAUUACUCAAAAUCAUACAUUUUCCCACUGGUCAUUACACAGCACCUAGCAUGCAUGGCAGCGCUCACACCCCUCAGCCUCUCUGCCUGUCUGUGGGAGAUGGCAACACUUGCCUCCUUACUGCACUGAG